AUGGCUCCUCCUCCUCCUAUUAUCAUCGACGCCAGGGCUGUCAGUGGCAUAACCGGGUCGAUCUCGUUAGCGUGCUGGAUCAUUGUGUUUGCGCCGCAAAUCUACGAGAAUUUCCGCAGAAAAUCAUCGGAAGGCUUAUCGCUUUCCUUCAUCAUUCUUUGGCUAGCUGGUGACGUUUUCAAUGUUUUGGGACUGAUAAUGCAGGGAGUCUUGCCCACCAUGAUUGUGCUAGCUGUGUACUACACCUUGGCAGAUAUCGUGUUGUUGUGGCAGUGUUUGGCGUACGGCCACGGCGAAAAGGCCGACUACAUCCAUCUCUCGCCAGCAAACCCCAUGAACGAAGACGUGUUGGUGACAGUGUUGUCGCCUGAGCAGGACGGCUCCAGCACAACCCACGAGCUUGAGCUGCAGGACUCUCCUCAAGAUUCCAGCUUGUCCACCCUCCAAGCAGCCUUGGUCAAGACCCUCAUGGUGGCCUUGGUAAUCUCUGCGGGUUUAGUUGGGUGGUACAUCCAGUACUUGAACGAUAGCAAGCAUCCAGGCAAGGUUCACCAGCCCCAGGACUUAGUGUACGACCCGUUGGCCCAGGCGUUCGGCUGGUUGUGUGCUGUGCUCUACCUUGGGUCCAGAGUGCCUCAGAUCUUGUUGAACUACCAGCGUAAGUCAUGCGAAGGCAUUUCGUUCAUGUUCUUCUUGUUUGCGUGCUUGGGAAACCUUACCUACGUGAUCUCCAUUCUUGCCAUCGACAUGUCGUGGCACUACCUCUGGGUGAACUCUUCGUGGUUGGCAGGGUCGUUUGGUACCUUGGCCUUGGACUUCACCAUCUUUGUCCAGUUCUUCCUCUACAACGAGGGCCAGGAUCCAUCGUACGAGAGCGAGGAGUCGUUAAUAUCCGACGUGCAGCCCACCUACGGAACCGCUAAAUAG